UCACUGUUACUCAGGAGCCAGAGCAGCAGAAGUAACAUCUUGCAAAAAAACAUUUCAUCAUGGUUGUCCCAGAGUCACAAGACAAGCAACUGCCUCCAAGUGACUCUGUGGGCAGAGGCACCAGCCCAGAGUACAGAACCAACCCAUCCAUAUUUCAACACUCUGGAGGUCCACAACAUUUAAGUUCUAAUGGGAAUAUUUCACCAGUCAACACCAGCAUCCAUUAUGAGCCACAGGAGUACACUGAGACAGACUUUCUGCUUCCAACUAAACUCUACAGUACAUCAAGGUCCAGCAGAUCCACAAAUGCGAGGGAUGCAGGUGGCUCCCGUGCACCUACUGAGACAGUCUGCUCCAUGCUGCUUCAGAUCCUUGUGCCAUUUCUGUUGGCUGGGCUUGGGACAGUCUCUGCUGGGAUGCUGCUUGAUGUGGUUCAGAACUGGGACGUGUUCCAGGAAAUCACAGAGAUCUUCAUCCUGGUUCCUGCAAUAUUAGGCAUGAAGGGAAACCUGGAAAUGACUCUGGCCUCUAGACUGUCGACUGCAGUGAAUGCAGGAAAAAUGGAAAAUGCCAGAGAAAAAUGGAUGUUGAUCAUUGGGAACCUGGCGCUCAAGCAGCUACAAGCCACGGUGCUCAGCCUGUUAGCCUCUUUGAUGGCAAUAGGGUUGGGCUGGAUGGCCGAAGGGAAGAUGCCCUUUGAUCAUGUAGUGCUCCUGUGUUCAAUCAGUGUUUCCACCGCCUUCAUGGCUUCACUGCUACAAGGUAUUAUUAUGGUGGGAGUGAUCAUUGGCUCCAACAAGUUGGGAAUCAACCCUGACAAUGUGGCCACACCCUUGGCAGCCAGCUUUGGGGAUCUCAUUACUCUUGCCUUACUGGCCUGCUUCAGUCAGUGGUCCUACUCCAUCAUAGAUUUGUAUUCCUAUGUGUUGUACCUGGUGGAUCUAUUAUUUUUGUGCCUAAUUCCACUUUGGAUGGUCAUCGCUUCCAAACAUCCAGCCAGUCACAUUCUGCUCCGCACAGGGUGGGAACCAAUCAUUACAGCAAUGGUCAUCAGCAGUUUUGGAGGACUUAUUCUGGACAAGACUGUGUCAGAUCAAAACCUGGCAGGAAUCAUAGUUUAUGCUCCUGUCAUAAAUGGUAUUGGAGGAAACCUUGUCUCCAUACAGUCUAGUCGUAUUUCUACUAAUCUACAUUUGAAUUACUCACCUGGAGAGGUUCCUGAAGACCGUCAGAGCUGCUACACCCCUUGUCACACCUUCUUUGGUUCAGGCGCAAACCACCAAUCUGCUCAGGUUCUGCUUCUUUUGGUCAUCCCUGGUCAGCUUGUCUUCUUACAUGCUAUUCACCUGAUGAAAGGAGGCCACACUUUGCCCAGUCCUCUCUUGACUGUCACUUUCUUGUCUGCAUCCGUAAUUCAGGUCUUCACCCUCCUGUGCAUAGCAGACUGUAUGGUCCACUGUCUAUGGCGGAGAGGUAAAGACCCAGACAGUUAUUCAAUACCGUACCUCACAGCCCUUGGAGACUUACUGGGGACUGCUCUCCUCUCUCUUGCUUUUCUCAUGCUGUGGUGCAUUGGUGACUCAGGCAGUGUGUAGGUUGGAAGCAAGAAAAAGUCUGAGGAGUAACAAAUAGAACAGUAGUAAAAUAACAGAUCCAAGAACAAAGAGUAUAUAUAUAUUAGCCAUUUAUUCUGUUUCAGCUUAGUCCUUCUGUUUCACCUUUGUUAUUAUUUAACCAAAAGCAAAACAUUUACCGUUUUAGCAACUGCAGAACUUAGGGCUCAUACAGUUAAGUGCCUUUAAUUGAAGCACCCUUCUUGUUUGUAGAACCAAGGUUUAUCAACUUUCUAAACACUGUGGUGUCCAAAAGUUUAAGAAUUUAAAUAAGAAUUUAAAUUCUUAAUUCUUAUUUAAAUAAGAAUAAGAAUUUUGAAGCUAACUCCUAUUUUGCACUUAGCACUGAGUUUCUAUAUGUCCUUCGAAAAAAUUAGAUUUGACAUUUUUUUUAUCUGAACAAUCCAUUCUAAACUUAUCCUUUAGUUGGUUCUAUUGGUGUCUAGAUUUUCACAUUUUCUUAAAUGUAUUGGUAUCAAUUGUAUACACUG